AGAGGCCAGAGCACCUGCCUGGAACGCUGCGGCGGCUGCCUGGGGCUCGGGGCUGCCCCCUCCCGGCCACCUUUCGAGGACGUACCCGGACCGUUGGGCCCCAAGCGGGGACCAGCGCGGCCGGCGACCCUUCCCCGGACUCCGGCUGCGUAGUCUCCAUCACCACUCUCAUUUUGCAGAUCCUUCUGGCUGGAAUCCAAAUGUACCAAAGGACUCCAGACUUCGUGACCCUGUGUGAGCAGCGCUACCCCUUGCAACCCAUGUGCAUCAUCUUCUUUAAGUUUGAUCCUCGCCCUGUUUCCAAAAAUGCAUACAGGCUUAUCUUGGCAGCCAACAGGGAUGAAUUCUACCACAGACCGUCCAAGCUAGCCGACUUCUGGGGGAACAACAAUGAGAUUCUUAGUGGGCUUGACAUGGAAGAAGGCAAGGAAGGAGGCACGUGGCUGGGCAUCAGCACUGGGGGUAAGCUGGGGGCACUCACCAACUACCUGCAGCCGCGGCUGGACCAAGAUACCCGUGGCAGAGGUGAACUUGUAACCAACUUUCUGACCACUGACAUGGACAGCUUGUCCUACCUGAAGAAGGUCUCCCAGGAGGGCCAUCUGUACAAUGGCUUCAAUCUCAUAGCAGCUGACCUGAGCACAGCAAAAGGAGAUGUCAUUUGUUACUAUGGAAACCGAGGGGAGCCUGAGCCCAUCAUCCUGAUGCCAGGAACCUACGGGCUGAGCAAUGCACUGCUGGAGACACCCUGGAGGAAGCUGUGUUUUGGGAAGCAGCUCUUCCUGGAGGCUGUGGAGCAGAGCCAGGCGCUCCCUAAGGAUGCCUUUGUCGCCCAGCUCCUGGAUGUGCUAAACAACGAGGAGGCACAGCUGCCAGACCCGGCCAUUGAGGACCAGGGCCAGGAGUACAUACGGCCCAUACUGAACAAGUAUGCAGCUGUGUGUGUGCGCUGCCCAGACUAUGGCACCAGAACCAACACCAUUAUCCUUGUGGAUGCAAAUGGCCAGGUGACCUUCACAGAACGCAGCAUGCUGGACAAGGAUCCCUCCUGCUGGGAGACAAACACCCAUGAGUUCAUGCUACAGAGCUAACAGGGAUCCCGGGAGGCCCUGCCUCAAGGCCAGUGUGGACUAGAGUCUUCAUGGAUGCAUUGCCCAUAACUCAGCCAGCGUCCUCCUGGCCCAGGCCCUCUGAUCUACGUGUUACCUAUCCAUGUCCCUCUACCUCGCUCAGGGUUUGCCUUUGUGCCAGUGGCGCGUGACAGAGUCUGAUGCUAGGCCUGUGCAGGCCCAGGUAUGCCAUACAUUGAGAAUGUACCUGGGUCUGCUCUGCCUGUGUGCACAGGCACACUCAUACACACAUAGGGCAUGAGUUAACACGUUUACAUGCAUACACAUGCACACGUGUACAUGGAUAGGUGCACAGGCACAUGCAUGCACGCAUAUAUGUGCCCAGCAGGAAGAGGAGCACCUCUUACCACACAUGUACUUCUAGCCAGUGGGUCUUUGCUCUGGUCAAGUGGCAGGGGUAAGCUUUGGUUUAAAUGGGCCUUUUCUUUCCUGGGAGCACAGAGUACAAGUGUAGUUCAGUUCCUGACAGUCAGACCUCCUCCCACAGAGGAGACAGGCCACCUUUGGAACUUGGAGCACAAAGAAGACAUAAAAGCAACCCACUUUCACAACUGAAGCACAGCUUAGGAGGGAUCCAGUGGCCCUCCAUGUGCCAGGGGGUCCUGUGUACAUGAGGCAGUUCCAUGUACACUGGAUAGUUUAGGAUGGUGUAGGUGUUCCGUAUAUCCUGGGAGGUCCUGUGUGCACCAGGGGUCCCGUACACACUGGUCAUUCCCACCAGGGAGGGCAAGUGAGUGUGUGCUGAGGACUUUAGGUCCUUCCUCACCCAGGUGAACGUUGAGGGCUCUGAGCAGGCCUGUCUCAGCAAGGGGACUUAGCUGACCUUUGCUAUCUCCCUUCUCCUUCUUGAAGAGUUGAGUUUCAGAGGAGUCUGAACUUAUAUGAGCUAUGGAUAAUAAAGUUUUGAGUCUGCGAUGAGUACGUUUCAA